CCGGCGCGGUCGGAGGCAGCCAAGCGGCGCGUGGCUCCGGCCGGGCCAAGUCCGCGCUCCCCCGUGGGGCUCCCACGCGCGCCCCGCGCCCCGGCCGCCCGCACCAUCGCCCGCAAAAGCCAGGACGACUUCCCCGCGCUGGCCGCGUCCCGGCUGAGCCGCAAGAAGCGGGUGGUCGGCGCGGCCGUCGGCGUGGCCAUGGUGCUGGUGCUGCUCGUGGCCAUCCCGCUGCUGGUGCACGGCUCCCGCGCCGCGGCCCGCUACGAGAUGCUGGGCAGCUGCCGCAUGGUCUGCGACCCCUACGCGCCCCGCAGCCCCGAGCCGGGGCAGGGCCAGGACCUGGCGCUCAUCUCCCCGCCGCCCUCGCUGCCAGCUGCCAAGGGCGAGCCGGGAAGGAAGGGCAAGGCGGGCGUGCGGGGGCCCCCCGGCCCACCGGGCCCCCCUGGCCCCGCUGGGGAGCCGGGCCGUCCGGGGCCCCCGGGGCCACCGGGGCCGGGACCGGGCGGCUACGUGCCGUCCUUCUACAGCCCCAAGAUCGCCUUCUACGCGGGGCUGCGCAAGCCGCACGAGGGCUACGAGGUGCUGCGCUUUGACGAUGUGGUGACCAAUGUGGGCAACUACUACGAGCCGUCCAGUGGCAAGUUCACCUGCCCGCUGCCGGGCAUCUACUUCUUCACCUACCACGUGCUCAUGCGGGGUGGCGAUGGCACCAGCAUGUGGGCCGACCUCAUGAAGAAUGGGCAGGUGCGGGCCAGCGCUAUUGCCCAGGAUGCCGACCAGAACUAUGACUACGCCAGCAACAGCGUCAUCCUGCACUUGGAUGUGGGCGACGAGGUCUUUGUCAAGCUGGACGGGGGCAAGGUGCAUGGCGGCAACACCAACAAGUACAGCACCUUCUCCGGCUUCAUCAUCUACCCAGACUGAGCCUCCCACCCUCGCUGUGGCAUGGGGUGACCCGGGAUCGGGACCCCCCGGCCUAGCUGGGAAGGGGGAGCCCGCUGCUUAGGGCACGGGCAGGGGGCUUGGGGAUGUGGGGGCCGGGACUGCGGGGCUGCUCUGGGCUCCUAGACACCCCCACCUCUGGCUGUCCCAGAGAGCAGCCCCCCAGCCCCUGGGGCAGCACCAGAGUGGGCAACGCAGUCCCUGCCCCCCCAUAGUCCCCAGAGCCCCCAAGGGGGGGAAUCCCCCCAGAAAGACAGAGCCUGCACCCGGCCCCCCACCCAGGUUUGGAGACCCCUGUCCAUACCCCCAUAAGAAUGGAGGCACCCAGCUCCCCCCACCCUAGGGUCCUGCCCCCUGCACACCUCUCUCCAAGACCCCCCCACCUCAGCCUUAUCUGCUGAUACCAUCUGUGUCCUGGGCUGUGGGAGGGGGCUGCAGGGCCAGGGGGUCAUUGCCACGGCCACGGCCACCGCUACCCCCACCCAAGGUGUCCGUGGGUCUGCCACACCCCCAGCCACACACCAGAAAUGAGUAGAAUGGCUCACGCAUGUGUCAUGGGCCCUGUACUGCAGGCUGUGUGCAGAGAAUCCCCAUGCUCACCCACCUGCAUAGGGCUGGGCAGCACCAGGCACAGGGUGGCAGCAGGAGAGCGAGGCACGGGGGUGCUGAGGGUGCCAGGGAGACCCCUGCUCACUGCCCAUGGGGCCUGAGCCUCCCUGCGCUCCCCAGCUGCCCGAGCCGCACCCCUGCAUGCACAGCCCCCCCCCCCCCGCAGGCUGGAGCCACCUCACUCCCCGUCUCCACGUACAGCUGCGCAGGUUUGCACGUGUGAGCCUGCGUGCAAGCUGGUGGGUUUGCACACGUGUGUGUCUCCCGAGUUGUCCCCCUCCUUUUUCUGGUGACACUUUACACCUCCUCAUCUCGCUCCAGACACCCCCUCCCAAAGAAAGCACCCCCCAGUGAAGCUGCAGCCCCGCAGUGACCCCCCAGAACCCCACCCACCCACCCACCCUGCCGCCCUGCAUGCCAUCCCCGCCUGCCAGCUGCUUGCCCACCGGGCCAGGGCCUCUGGCACGGCCCACCCCAACAGAUGCACUCUCUUGCUACCCCCCAGGCCCUCCCCCCCAGCCCCCCAAGGCCCUGCGUGGUGGUGGUGUGGGGGGGGGGGGGUCUCCUUGGCUCCGACUGUCAGACUCUGUGUUCGACCCGCCAAUAAAGCACUCUGGUUUUGGA